AGCCGCCAUCACGGCGCAAACCACCCCCCAUCGCGGCUCCUGCAACGGCAAGGGCACUCACGUCAGUGGCAGCGAUGUGCUUUUCGCCCGAGCGGGGCCCGCAUUUUCCGUGAGAGGGGGGAGUGCCGCGCUCGCCGGCGCCGCAGGCUUCCCGCCGUGUGCGUCGUCGGCUUCCUCGUCCUCGAUGUCUACACCGAGGGGCACGGCACGUCCCAGAUCAUUGGGGUACGCGGCGUGGGCAGUCUCUUGAAUUGCCAUGCGCCUAGCAGGAGUUCGCGGGGAAGAGAUUUCGUCUGUGCUUGGGAACGUGGGGUGCAUCUUGUUUCAGGGAUCAGAACGACGCAAUCUUGACGGAGAGCCCCGUCAUCUUGUUCAGCAUUCGUACCAAUAUGAAGUUUCUUUCGGGUUUUCGAGAUCAUCCAAACGAGCAGAUGGAACCAGUACUAUGUUACACAAUCUAGUGUUUCCGAGAUGCUGCAUACGAAAGAUCAUUGUUCAGCCGACGGAGCUGCUAUUGAAAACGGCACGCCAACAUGCACAACAGCUUUGCGACCUUGGUUCUGCAGAAUGGUCGUCGGUCGUGGUGCCAGCGGACCUUCUUUUCAUCGUCAACUAUCGUGCGGCAGGGCUGAAGUACGCUGAGACGGCUGCGGUCCAGGAGUCGAAGGCAACGUUUGGGCCACUUUUUGUGUAGAUCGUGCGAGCCGCUCUCAAGCCUUCGGCCGACGACGAGAAGGUCAAGUGCUCGCUGGUGCCGUCUCAGGUACUCACAUUUUUCAUAAUGUUCAUUGACAGUGCGACGGUGGAGGAUUCGGGUUCGGUUAUUCGUUACUUUCGAGUUCGGAAUUUUUGUAACGAGAGCUUCCAGAGGGCUCAGUUCUGCAUCUCGGACGGAACAAGGAUCGAGGGAACGCACAUCUCGAAGCUGCUGCUGGAGCAAACGAUGGUCCAGGCCAUCGUGUUUCUCGUGAAGUUGGGUACGGCUCCCGCCGGACACUUGGAGACGACCGUGCAGAAGCUGUUCGACCGCUCCAAGCAGGGCAAAGGCAAGGUUCGUGGUAAGUAAGGUUGCAAGCACUCCUGGAACGCAUUCUACAGAAGUAAACACCAGCCACUACCUCGACACCUACGUAUCCGCCCAAUGUCGUCACCUCUCGACGGGCACUUCAUAUUUGGCCAGGACGCUCCCCUCGCUGAGGGAGGCUCGUGUCGCCACUGUCAGGCAAGCGGUUCGAUGGCAUUUCUCACUCCUGGUCGUGGUGGUGGCUACCAGCACUGGUAAUUGGAAGUAUUUCGUAUCAGAUUGGCGCGGACCUCGACUCCGUCCACCCCUCCUGAGCUUGAUGCGGCUCGCCCCGCGCAUCACCAAGGCUCCGACCUUGGUGCUGCGCCCACGCCCCCCUCCGCUGACUUGCUGCUCUCCCCUGUCUUUGGUCCUCCCCCGCUCCCGCGUUCUUGCUCUUCCUCUUUGUCGCCUCUCUCGCCCCGUCGUUCCUUUGUCGUCGUCGUUGCUGGGUUGUGGGCUCUAAUUCGGGAGUGCUCGGGCGCCCCAGGGGUCGGCCUGGGACCUCCCGUCCUGGAGGUUUGGCCCCUGCGGGGCCGAGAGGUUUGCACUUCCCGCCCGCUUGGGUUUUCACUCGUUGCGAUCAGUCUGGCACUCUCAUAGAUUGCAAGGCUGCACGGUGCGUUCGACCUUGUCUUCGAACGUUCUGGGAAGCCCAGGAGUCCGACUGUCAGUGGUUUUGUUGUAGAGCUGUGUAAAGGUAGCAGGAGCAGCAGGCAUGAGAGAUC